AUGAGUGCACAACUAUUAGAAACUUCUUCAAAAUCACGAAAACCUAGAAAUUCUGCUUUUUUUCAACAAAAACUCCCGGCAUGGCAACCAAUGUUUACUGCUAAAAAAUCUGGAAUAGCUUUCACAGUUUUUGGAAUUGUGCUGAUACCUAUUGGUAUUAUAUUACUAACAGCAUCAAAUAAUGUUGUGGAAUAUCUUGUGGACUAUACAGAUUGUACUCAGAAUGGUACUGAAGAGUUAUGCUCUGAAGUAAUUGCCUUGGGGAAACCGUGUGUUUGUGUUAAACAUAUUUCUGUUGAAUCGUCUAUUCCUGGACCUGUUUAUUUAUAUUAUGGUUUAAACAACUUUUAUCAAAAUCAUCGGCGAUAUGCACGAUCUAAAAAUGAUGAACAGUUGCUUGGUAUUUAUCAAGACCCAAGUUCAUUAUCUUCGUGUAACCCAUAUGUAUCAAUUGAGGGUAAACCAAUACUUCCAUGUGGUGCAAUCGCAAACAGUAUAUUUAAUGACACAUUUAUUCUGACAUAUAUACGGAAUGAUAAUACCAAAGUUACUGUCACAACCACAUCAAACGGUAUAGCAUGGCCUUCCGAUGUUAAUCGCAAAUUCGGGACCUUGAAUGCAAACGCUCUCAAUAAUACAGUUAAGCCACCUAAUUGGCCUCAACCAAUUCAAGCGAGAUCUUCAAGUCCAUUUAAGACUGAUGAAGCUCUAUUAGUAUGGAUGAGAAUAGCUGCCUUGCCAAACUUUCGUAAAUUAAGCGCUUUUGUAGUUCAUAAAGAUGAUUUCUCCAAUGGUCUACCCUCAGGAACGUAUGAAAUUGUUAUUAACUACUUUUAUCCAGUUACUUCAUUUGGUGGUAGAAAAACAUUUAUAUUAGCCAAUGCUAGUUGGUUAGGUGGAAAAAAUCCAACACUUGGAAUUAUUUGUUUAAUUACUGGUUCUAUACAUAUAUGCCUUGGUAUAGCAUUCCUUAUUGUGCAUUUUGUAUAUGGUAAACGAAAAGCUCGUCAAAGUCCACCAGUCUUUUCAUGAUCUCAUUUAUCCAUAUGACAUUAUAUAACAAUACAUUCUAUAGAAGGUAUAAAACAAAGGAGUAAACUAUAUUAUUCAUUAUUAUUCAUUAUUAUUAUUAUUAUUAUUAUUAUUAUUAUUAUUAUUAUUUUAAAUGUUUAUUGUGAAUAAAUGAGUCCUAAUUGCUUGUUCUUUUAAUCUUUAGGCUGUUGUUGUUUAUUUGUUUAUUAUUAAAGAAAAACAAAACAAUAACACAUAUCAUUUAUAAUGUUUAUUAUUAUUUAUUAUAUAUUUUUUAAAUUUUUUUUUCUUUUUGGACAAGACAGAAAACCCUCACCAACCCCCUUCGUAUUUUCAGUUGUUUCUAACUGGAAGUUUUUCUUUAUUUUUUUUCUCUUUUUUUGUUAUUUUAUUUUUAUCUGUAAAAUUAUUUAAUGGAUGUGUACACAAUACUGUACUGUGAAUAAUAAUAAAUAAUCAAUGAUUAUAAUAAAACAAAAUGAGAGAGAAAAAAGAACAACACAUAUAUCAUACACUGUUGAAA